GUCUGGUUACAACGACCUCAUUUACCGCCACUGGCUACACUGCGUGUUCGAAAACGAUGUCCCAGAAUUUAGACCGGGCUAUUGAGAUCGUGCAGCGCGCGAUCGAGGACGAUACCAGACAGAACUACGCGGAGGCCUACAAGCAAUACCAGAAUGCGCUGGACUACUUCAUGCUCGCGCUGAAAUGGGAGAAGAACGAAAAGUCGAAGCAGCUCAUCCGGUCGAAGGUCACCGAGUACCUCGCGCGCGCGGAGGUCCUCAAGGAGCACCUCGCACAGUCGCAGCCAGAGAAGCGGGCGAAGAAGGCGAUAGGCGUGAAUGGCGGGAGCGGAGGCACGGGGAGCGGGGGGAAGAAGAAGGAUGAGGACGACGACGUCGACCCGGAGGUGAAGAAGCUGCGCGCGGGCCUCGCGGGUGCUAUCAUCACGGAGAAGCCGAACGUCAAGUGGGACGACGUCGCUGGGCUGGAGGCUGCGAAGGAGUCGCUGAAGGAGGCGGUCAUCCUGCCGAUCAAGUUUCCGCAUCUGUUCACGGGGAAGCGGACACCAUGGCGGGGUAUCCUGCUGUACGGGCCGCCGGGUACUGGGAAGUCGUACUUGGCGAAGGCUGUGGCGACGGAGGCGAAGGGCACGUUCUUCAGUGUCAGCUCCAGCGAUCUUGUCAGUAAAUGGCAGGGCGACUCUGAACGACUGGUCCGACAGCUGUUCGAGAUGGCACGAGAGAACAAGCCUGCGAUCAUCUUCAUAGACGAGGUCGACUCACUGGCGGGCUCGCGAAAUGAGCAAGAGUCCGAAGGUUCACGGCGUAUCAAGACGGAGUUUCUCGUGCAGAUGAACGGCGUUGGACACGAUGAUACCGGUGUAUUGGUCCUUGGUGCUACCAAUAUCCCGUGGCAGCUCGACAACGCCAUCAAGCGACGGUUUGAGAAGCGCAUCUACAUCCCGCUUCCGGGUGUCGAAGCGAGAAGACGGAUGUUCCAACUACAUGUUGGGGAUACCCCUUGUGAGCUAGCGGCCAAGGAUUAUCGGUUGCUUGCGGAGAGGACGGAAGGAUACUCUGGCUCUGAUAUCUCCGUCGUCGUACGCGAUGCCCUCAUGCAGCCUGUCCGCAAAGUCCUCUCUGCCACGCACUUCAAGACAGUGCCUUCACCAACUGACCCGGACGUCAUGAAAUGGACACCGUGCUCUCCGGGCGAUCCCGAAGCGACAGAGAAGUCGUGGUCUGAAAUCGAAAGCGACGAAUUGCUAGAGCCACCACUCAAAAUAGCGGACUUCUUGAAAUCAUUGGAUAACGUCCGGCCGACGGUAACGGGGGAUGAUAUCAGGAAACAUGACCAAUGGACCAUGGAGUCUGGUAACGAGGGUGCAUAGCGACGAUUCGGGUUCGAAAUUCAAACGGUCCACAUCUAUUUCCACGCGUUCACCGAGAAAGCAUGCAGUGCAGAGCUAUGUAACAAUAUUGUAAGUUGAUGCAGGACACGGACGAUACACCGUAAUCAAGUGGUUUACCGCUACAGAUUGUACUUCAUUACUAGGGUAUAAGUAGACUGUAAUCUUCAGGAUGGCAAGCAUCUAAGUAUACAUUGUGCUUGUGCUUCAGUGAAGCACAGGGUCAGUCUGAGUUUGCCGCAACCCAGAGUCAUCCUGAACGGUGUUCAAGCGUAAGCUAAACACGAUUGACGGUCGUACUUAGUACAGAGUGUGUUGAGAAUACCAAAACG